CCACUCCAGCUGCCUCACAGACGCACACCUGCGCAGCGCACCGCUCCUCCUGCCACACAGCUCGUAGCUCGUCCUACUUCACGGCGUCGUCCACCGCAUCUGCCCGCUGCCGCAGCGCCAUGUCGGACGCCCAGGCCGCCGGCGAGCCUGCCGCGCUUGCGCCUGCAGCUGCCGAGCAGCCGGCCGUGGAGGCCAGCACUAGCAGCAGCGAGGCAGUGGCGCAGAAGAGCAGCACAGGCGCCGCAGAGGCCAGCUCGAGCACCCAGAAAGACGACGCCGCCAGCACGCCGGCGUCUGCCUCGGUCAAGCGCGCCCUCUCGCCCGCCGAUGCCACCACUGCUAAGCGUGCAAAGACGACGGACGCGCCUGCAGAGCCGGCGCCGGCGCCUGCUGCUGAGGCGCCCAUGUUCGAGGGCCUGAGCGAGAAGGACGUGGGCAUCACGGCCUAUGUCAGCCCGGACCUUGUCGGCCUGGAGGGCGGCGUCAUCAAGCAGCGCUUCUCCGACUUUCAUGUCUUCGAGGUCAAGAAGGGCGGCGAGGUCUGCCACCUCACCUCUCUCGCACCGCCAUCGCGCGAGGAGGGCGGCGAUGGCCUGGCGGAGCAGCUCGCUGCCGAGAUUGCAGAGCAGGACGACUCCACUGGCGAGCUGCGAGCUGCGCGCUUGGAACGCGAGCAGGCGGAGCGCACUGCCAAGCGCGAGGCGCGCGAGGAGGCGGAGCGACAAGAGGCCGAACGUUCGUGGGCAUGGCGAGAGACGAUCAGCGAGGAGCAGGAGGGCCAGAUUGCCCAGGUCCUCGGCGCAGAAACGGUCGCGCCGCUGCGGGAGCUGUGGGAGAAGGGCCCGCCGGCGAGGGAUGCUGGCGGCCGUGGUGGCCGCGGCCGCGGCGGGCGAGGAGGCCGAGGAGGCCGCGGCGGCGGCAGGGACGCGCCUGAUGCGCGAAGUGGCCCGGAGGUGCUGACGCCGUCGCUCGAGUCAAAAGAGCUGCGCACGGCUGCGCAUCAUCUUGUGCGAGAGCUCUUCGGCGGCCGCCUGCAGAGUGCUGCCGUCGAAGAGAGCGCUGCCCCUCCUCCUGCAGCCGCAGAAGUGGACGAGGACGCACUUGCCAACGCAGCGUCGUCGACGAGCGAGACGAAGGUUGCGGCUCCUGCGGUGCCUGCGCUCACGCGCAUCAAGCUCACGUGGAGCUCGGGCGCCAGCGUCAAGCUUGAUCCUCGCAAUCGCGAGCCGCGCGAGAAGGGCGCUCAGGCUGCGCAACUGCCGGACUACAUCCACUUUCUGCUGCACAAGACCAACCGCGAGACGCAGGACGCUCUUGCCAUCCUCGGACGCUCGCUGGGCCUUGGCGGUCCUACGCCUGGGCACUUCAACAAGGCGCUGAGCGACCUCAAGUUCGCCGGCACCAAGGACAAGCGCGCCUCGACGGUGCAGCAGGUCUCGCUGCGCCGCGGCAGACGCACGCUCGACGACGUGUGGAAGGCAGUCAACGGCGUGGGCCGCGAGCGCGACGUGCGUGGUGGCCCGCGCGGCGGACGUGGUCGCGGGCGUGGCCGAGGCGGCUUCCAGCAGGGCAGCGGCGACCGCAAGACUGCGCUGCAGGCGGUGCGCGAGCGCGGCGAGCGCGGCCUGCGCAUCGGCCACCUGCGCUACGACGACAAGCCGAUGUUCCUCGGCGCGCUCGACGGCAACGAGUUCUUCAUCACGCUGCGCAACGUGCAGGUCAGGAGCGAGGAGGCGAUUGCCAAGUCGGUUGAGGUGCUCAAGACCAAGGGCUUCAUCAACUACUACGGCAUGCAGCGCUUCGGCAGCGGCAGCGUCUCGACGCACCACAUCGGGAUUCCCGUCUUCAAGGGCGACUUCAAGACGGCCGUCGAGGGCAUCCUGGCGGCGCGCCCCGGCGACAUGGAGGAGGCCGAGGCGGCGCGCGAGGCAUACAAGAACGGCCAGUACAACGAGGCGCUGCAGCUCAUGCCGCGCGGCCACGUGCCGGAGCGCAGCAUCCUCGAGAAGAUGAAGCGCAACCUGCACGAGGACGGCACGCACAAGGGCGACUGGAUGGGCUACUUCUCUGGUAUCCCUAAACUGAUGCGCACCAUGUACCUGCACGCGUACCAGUCGUACGUCUGGAACCGGCUGGCGUCUGAGCGUGUCGAGCGCUUCGGAGUGGACGCGCCGGUCGUCGGCGACGUCGUAAGCGCUGAGCCGAGCGCCGAUGACGAGGCCGGAGACAUUGGCGACGACCUCGAGGAGGCCGCCGAGGCGCCCGUCGCUGCUGCGACCGGCAGCUCGACCGCACACAAGCACCAGGCGCUGCAGCGCGUCAAGGUGCUCACCGAGGCGGACGUAGGCAACUACUCGAUCAACGACGUGCUCAUCCCCAUCGCCGGCUCCGAGGUGCACUACCCCGAGGGCGGCUGGAUGGAGCAGCGGUACCGGGAGAUGCUGGCCGAGGACGGUCUCGAGCCGAGCGACGUCGCCAUGGCCAAGACUCCCGAGUACACGCUGCACGGCGCCUACCGCAAGCUGCUGCUGCGGCCGCGCAACAUUUCCUGGUCGCUCGUGCGCUACACCGACACGGACGUGAACCUGACGCAGUCCGACGAGGACAAGCUGCUUGGCAUCGAUGCCGUGCCGCAGCCCGACGCCGAGGCGCCCUUUGUGGCGCUGCAGGUGCGCUUCACGCUCUCGACGGCCGCGUACGCCACGAUGGCGCUGCGCGAGAUUCUCAAGCAGGACACGAGCACGGCCAGCCAGAAGGCCCUCACCGAGUCGGGCGCGGACCAGCAGUUCAAGGGCUCGCGUCGCGUUGCAGACGUCAACGCCAUUGCGCCGAGCCGCGAACGCAAGUGGGGCGCCGCGCCGGCGGCGGGUAGCGAGGCCAAGCCGACAGAGGAGAACGGCAGCGCAGAUGCGCCGAAGCACGAAGAGCCGAUGCUCAAGGCAGAAGUCUCGGACGCAUUCAAGCGUGCCAUGGAGCGCCUGCGCAAGGAGCAGGCUGGCCCGAGUCUCUCGGACGAGGAGGAGGCGGCGUUCAACGCAGGCGCAAAGUAAUGGUACAAUCGUGCAUUGCG